AUGGCUUCUCAAUCCGAACAGACUCAGCUCGAGAUGAGUGAGGGUGGCGUCAUAAUCUCUCAACAACCCGAUACAACUCCGCCCUCUAUCGCAGAAGCUGCAGCCGCUGUCGCAGACGAAGCAGUCGAGAAAGAGAGCAACAUCGAAGGCGCCACGCCAUCAGUGCCAAUGGAUGAAGCUGCCGUGCUGCAAGGAUUGACUGAAAAUGUAUUGGACCAAGAGGACUUGGAGAGAGAUAUCACCAACAAGGCGAACUUGGUCAUGAUUGAGCAGGAGGAUGAGCGUGACGAAAAGAGAAUAUCCAAGGUCAAUGGUAGUAUUGAGAAGCUUGAGAGCGAGAAGCGGAGGAAGAAACAGCGUCUACAAGCCAUGGCCAGCAACCCUCUGAUGCGCAAACGCUGUUCGGAGGAGAUCACCCAACUCGAUGCCGACAUUGCUGCCCUAAAGAAUGACAUCUCGGAUAUACGAAGUCGCAUUGCUGAGCGACAUCAGGUCGAUGGGGCAGAGAAUGGAGACGAUGCCGGGGGCAAUAAGCGUAUGGCGAACGAGAGUCAUCGGGACUUCCUCAUCCGUACCGGCAAGAUAACACCUUUCUCACUAAUUCCUGGCCGGGAUUCUGAGGCUGUCGAGAUGAACCUGACUUCUGUCUUGAUGGAUGCCGAGGAAGAGGCAGAAGAAAAGGAGGAUAUUCCCGAGCCAGAGCAUAGAUCCCAUCAAAAUCUACGCAUGCCUGGCUUUGCCGACGCUUCAGAUGUCCCUAUUGUACAGGAGGAAUUUGGCCUACGUCCUCGCAAGAAGGCAAGACUGAACAACGGAUCCACUUCUUCUAAGCCACGAGCUCGCAAGUCAACUCCAAUUGAGGAAGACGAUUUCACCCCCGACGUUUCUGGUGGCGAGGGCGACGAGUUUGAAGAAGAGGAAGAUACUGACGAUGUCAUGCACUCCCAAGGAUCAAAGAAGCGACGUGCUGGCAAGGGUAAAGCCGAGGAAAAGGUAGACCUUGGAGCCAUUGAUGACGGAAAUGAGCAGAUGUAUCAGGCCCGCUUGAACACAUGGGUUGAAAAGAGAAGCGCGGCUCGGCAUGGCACAUUACUCAGGAACGAAGCAACAGACGAAGAGCAGCUAGCUGAAAAUGGAGAUGAAGAGGAAUGGUUCAAGCCUUGUCCUGAUGCGCCCGAUCAUCAAUUCGACAACGGACUCAAGCUACCGGGCGAUAUAUACCCAGCUUUAUUCGACUACCAGAAGACAGGCGUUCAAUGGCUCGGUGAGCUCUACGCUCAACAGGUUGGUGGAAUUGUGGGUGACGAGAUGGGACUCGGCAAGACAAUCCAGAUCAUCUCCUUUCUCGCUGGCCUACACUACAGUAAGAAGCUUACAAGACCUAUUAUUGUUGUGGCUCCUGCAACGGUCCUGCGUCAAUGGGUGAACGAAUUCCAUCGAUGGUGGCCACCUCUCCGCGUGUCAAUCCUUCACAGCUCUGGCAGUGGCAUGUUGAACGUUGGUAGUGAGGGACGAAUGGAUGACUCGCAGGAGAUCUAUGGUCGUUCUAACGGGAAGUCGAAGUCCUCCAAGGCUGCUAAAAAGAUCGUGGAUCGAGUUGUCAAGCAUGGACAUGUUCUCGUUACUACGUAUGCUGGUCUUCAGACCUAUGCAGAUGUACUGAUUCCCGUUGAUUGGGACUACGCAGUGCUUGACGAGGGCCACAAGAUUCGCAACCCAAAUACAGCAAUCACCAUUUACUGCAAAGAGUUGCGCACACCAAACCGAGUGAUCCUUUCGGGUACACCAUUGCAAAACAACCUCGUUGAGCUUUGGUCGCUCUUUGACUUUGUGUUUCCUAUGCGAUUGGGCACUCUCGUCAACUUCCGGCAGGCGUUUGAGGUUCCUAUCAAGCUCGGUGGCUAUGCAAACGCUACCAACCUUCAAGUUUUGACGGCUACCAAAUGUGCGGAGACACUGAAGGCAGCAAUCAGUCCGUAUCUUCUCCAGAGACUCAAAGUUGACGUUGCUUCGGAUCUUCCCAAGAAGAGUGAGCAGGUUCUCUUCUGCAAGCUCACCAAACCCCAGCGAGAGGCGUACGAGAUGUUCUUGUCUUCUGAUGAGAUGACUUCGAUCAUGGACCGGACCCGCCAAUCUCUGUAUGGUAUCGACAUCUUGCGCAAGAUCUGCAAUCACCCAGAUCUCCUCGAUCCUCGAUUGAAGGGCAAGCCCGGCUACCGGUGGGGGAACCCAAACAAGUCUGGAAAGAUGCAGGUUGUGAAGGCUCUGCUGGAGAUGUGGAAAGGCUUCGGCCACAAGACACUCUUAUUCAGCCAGGGCGUACUGAUGUUGAACAUCAUCGAGGAAUUCGUCAAAGGACUCAACGGAUUCAAUUAUCUUCGAAUGGAUGGGAGUACCAGCAUCAAGGAGAGACAGACCUUAGUGGAUCGCUUCAAUAACGACCCUGAUCUUCAUGUAUUCUUGCUUACGACGAAAGUCGGUGGACUUGGUGUCAAUCUUACAGGUGCAAACCGUGUCAUCAUCUUCGACCCUGAUUGGAAUCCCUCAACAGAUGUUCAAGCACGAGAACGCGCCUGGCGCUUGGGUCAGAAGAAGGAAGUCACCAUCUACCGUCUGAUGACCGCAGGUACCAUUGAAGAGAAGAUUUAUCACCGACAGAUCUUCAAGCAGUUCUUGACCAACAAGAUCCUGAAGGAUCCUAAGCAACGCCAGACGUUCCAGAUGAAGGAUCUCUACGAUCUGUUCACUCUUGGCGGCACGGAUGAUGGUACAACCGAAACUGGAGAAAUGUUCAAGGGUACCGAAGUUCAGUUCAAUAAGACACCUGAGCCUGCUACAUUAGAAGACACUGUUGCGAUUAAAGCUGCUGCCGUUCGGAACGAAGGAGUGUCUCAGGGCAUCACCCAGCCUGAUAGUCCAGAUCAAGGAGACGUCAGCACAGAUGUUCGCAACCUCGCAGGUGUUGCCAGUCUCGAAGCAUUCCGUGGUGAUCCAGACCAGGAUAAACCACCGUCUGAGGAGGCCAGACUCAUGGAGGGUAUCUUCGCUCGCUCCGGUGUCCACAGCGCUUUGGAACACGACCAGAUCAUCAACGGCAAGAAGAAGAUCACGGGAGACCGCGGCAUGAUUGAGAGAGAAGCUAAGAAAGUCGCAGCUGAAGCCGCAGCAGCUCUCCGCAAAGCAGGUGAAGCAGCACAGAGCAUCACUCCUGGCACGGUCACUUGGACUGGGGAAUUUGGCUCAGCAGGAAGACCAGUCAACAUUCGACGAGGCGCUGGGACUAGCUCUGCUGGUAUCCUCUCUGGGCUUGCAAACCGGCAAGGCCUCUCGGUCCCUGGCAGCGCUAGUAGCUCGAGAUCCGCAACCCCCGGCUUGGCUGGCGAUAGACCUCGGGCUGGAAAGGAUUUCAUGAAGUUGAUUCGGGACUUUAUCAAGCGACAGGGUGGGUCGGUUCCCAGUCAAGCUCUGGUCAAUCACUUCAAUCGGAUGUGUACUACGGAACAGCAGACGGCUGAAUUCAAGCAUAUGCUGGGGGAGAUUGCGAGACUGGAGAAGGGUAGUAAUCUGAGGAUGAGAGGUAGAUGGGUUCUCAAGGAUGAAUUCAAGUAG